AUAGUUAAAUAAAGUAUUGAACUAAACUAAUUAUUCAUUACACAAUUUACACACAAUGAAUAAUUUUGACCGAAAUAAUAAAGUGACUGGUGUACACUGGCUGAAGUCACCUAUAAAAAAUAUUUCCAUAAAGAUAAGACUAAAACCUCACGAAGGAAUUAAAACAUUACCAAAGUUCGAGACCUAUAAAAAUGACUCAAACAGCACCAUUCAGCAAGUAGAAAACAUCAAAAUAGAAGAAUAUGAAUUCCAAUGGCAAGAAAAAGCAUUCAGCUUGCAUGAAAUACAGCGGUACAGUGAUGUACAUAACUGUAUAUCCGAAAAUGAGUUGACAUAUCAUGAUUUGUUGGAAGACACGGAUUACCAACCUAGCAAAAUAUUUACAUACAUUCAUCAUGACUACCAUUUGCCGAUGCCAGUUAAUAAAAUUAAAAAGCCAACUAGUGGUUCUGAUAUUCUAAAUUUGAAUUCUUGCUUAGAGAAAUUGAAUUUGAGUGAAAAAGUAUUUAGAGAAGAUACAAGCUCUAUGGCACAUUUGUUUAGAAGUGAGGAAAGUAUAGCUAGUGAUGAAAAAUGGACUUCUAUGCAUGUGAUGUAUGAUAACUCUGAGUAUAAUGAAGACUCGCAACUCCUUCUAAAACAAGAGACUACCCUCCUGUCUCUCUACCACAAUGUGUCACUGAACUACCUGAUUGUGUCUCCCGAUGUGAAUAGCCUGGACUUGAACCCGUACCAGCUGGAGACGGGGUAUGAAUAUGCGGUUGAUCUGGACUUUGAGAGAUUGGAUGGAGAGGAGUUAUUAGUACUGUUAAAAAAGUUGUCCACGAAAUGGGAGAAGCGCCACAAGCAGCUGUUAAAGUUUGCCAUGCCCCCGUUAGGCAGGAGACACUACUGUGUCACCUUGGAGAUCCUCUCGGCGACAGACUUUGAUUUUGACAAUUUGUAUGUGGAGUUUCAUAUUAAGGUGCCAGAAGAAUUGCAGUGUUCAGAUGUACUGCACGGUAGAACACACAUCUCCAAGUCUAAUACUAAUUAUAGUGAGAAAUAUUGGAAUUUCGGACAUUUGGUGGAACUUAAUUUAGAUGGGCCUUUGAAUAUAGAUCCACCACCCCUAAAACUCUUCUUCGAAAUAAUCUCCACUGACUGGUGGGGUCGCCAACGCACAGAAGGCUACAGCUAUCUCGCUCUAACGCCCCGCCCCGGCCGCUAUAGCCGGCAGCUGUCCUGCUCUCGCCCAGAAGAGUUGAAUCAUUGCGAAGGGGAGGGCAGGAGGUUCUUUGUGGGGGGGUGCCACUUGAUUAGGGACUUGGAGGUGUUGGUUCAACCUCAGUUGCAGGACGCAAACUUCAAAUUCACCACCACCGGUAACCUUUUCAUCCGGUGGUCGACCAUCGCCCAGUCUCCCCUCCCUGGGUUCAAACCAGCUCCUAGCCAAGUGUCCCACUCGUCCGCGCUACUUAGGGGGGCCGAGGCGGUGCUGAGGCAGUAUAGACGAGCGAGGGCCAGGCUGGCUGAGGCUACUAGGGAUUUUAAUGUUCAGGAAACUGUGUUUGGGUCUGAUGAUGAUGAUUAAAAUAGUGUUUAUUUUAUAAGAUGAAUUGUAAGACUAAGGGUCCAUUUAGACGGUACGAGAGCUCGCAUA